AUGCCUUGUGAAGCGGAGGUUCGUAGCUUACGCGUUAGAAUGACGUUGCCUCCAAGUAAAUUGGCGCCGGAUAGGAAGCUCGAUUUUGGCGAUCUAUGUGGAAGUAUCAUUAGCUGCCCAAAUGAGUGCGAAAUGAACCAACACAUGCAGGGAGUUUCUCCGUAUUGGAGAGGAUUGGCGGUAAAUGUUGGCAAAGAAAAAUGUUGUUAUACUAUUGCGGACAGAAUGAUACAUGAGAGGUGUACACUCCGAGACGAACACCGGGAAUAUUAUGUAGAAGAUCUGAUAGAUCAUCGUCAUCCUGCAAAAUUCCGAAUGAAUUACUAUCGUAUGGAACAAAUUUGGUCCCACAUAGAGAAGCUGUGA